CAUGGGAAAUUGGGAACCCCUCCCUCAGUCCCUCGGGUUUAGACGGUUUAGCUGAACCGAACCGGUUGCACUUACAGAAUUUGAUGCCUCAACUGUCGCUGCAAUCGCUUCGACGCGUUAGCAUUUUCCUCGUCUCCUUCUGCACUGGUGUGUUUGUCCACCGGAAAAUCUAGCGAGAAAGCGACACAGAAUCGACAAUGAGAGCUCGGCUAGUAGUGUUUCCGAUCAAGGGGAGGAACUGGUGUUUCAGCCGAUCGCUUGACCGCUCCGCAUGCGAAGCUCAGUCUUCCAACAUUCCGUCCACCUUCGUAGAGCUAUGGAGCAGGAUCUCCAAGCCCGCCAAGGACAAGCUCUCCUGGUAUAAUCUCGAGCUCCUCAUCGAUUUCGCUGCUAAUAAGAUGAGUAAUCAGUGGUGCAAUUUGGAAAAGGCUCCGGCUGGGAGUUUCAAGAGCAAAAUCCAUGGGUUAGGGUUAUGGAUGCUGUCUGGUGUGAAGCCUUCUGAAAUCUUCCUGAAAUCCAUUACAAAAGAGGUCAAUAGAGUAGAAAUCAUUUAUCCAUCCAGUUUAAAUGGUCUACUUGUUCGCCGAAGACUACGGCAUAUUGCCUUCAGGGGAACAAUUAUUCACAAGAAGUACUUGUAUGGAUCAGCUUCAUUGCUUCCAUUGACAACAGUCUUCAUGGUGUUACCUUUCCCUAAUAUCCCUUUCUUUUGGAUAUUGUUCCGGACAUACUCCCACUGGAGAGCUCUGCAGGGCAGUGAGAAACUUCUCCGGUUAACGUCAAACUUCCCAAAUAAUCAAAACUCAAAAGAAAACACAAUACACACAAAUAGAAGUACAGAAGGAAAAUAUCACAACCACCAGGGUCGUAUGUGGGUAUUAUUCCCAUCAGACGAACUCCAAAAACUUCUUCACCUUGGAUAUGCAACUGAUGGUGUGAGUGAGAGCACUAUGGAUGCUAUAUGCCAGAGAUAUAGUUUAAACAAAAUGGAUGUUAAUAAGUACCGUCAUUCAUUUUAGUUAGAAAAUUUCUACCUUGGGCACUGUACAUUUUGUAUCGAUUUCAUAAGCUCCUUUUUGUGUUCUUUUGCAAAUUUGUUUGGCAAAAGUGAAGGGCAAUAAUUUUUAGUAUCAGGCAAGAUGUAUCCUGCUACCAACACCCACGCACACAUGUGCUUCUUUGGUUUUGUACUAUUUUGUUAAAUAAAUGAUGCGCCAAAUGGCCAAAUGGAGGAAGGGGAGGAUUUUUAUUUAUU